GCGCUGAGGUUCCCUUCAUUGUUUCAGCGUCUGGGAGUCUAAUCUGAGCCCCCAUCCCGUUCUGUCCUGUCCCGCCCUGCCCUUCCCUUCCUCAGUAAUCCUGUUAGCUGUUAGUUCCUCCAUAAUCCCUCCACAGAGUGUUCAGAUCCCUGCCGGGCUUCACAGCUUCUUCACCACAGCUCUGUGGGAUGCUGCUGGACCCCGACUGAACGCCUCAGGAUGUUGAGCUGGGUGGUCAAAGUCGUUCCCCAGCCGCCCGAACCUCCGCCCAAACACGUGGACGAGAACAAGGAGGAGAAACCAGCUGCUGCUCCACCACCAGGUGCAGCCCCGCCUCCUGCCACCGCCCCGCCCCCGGCGACGACCCCGCCCCCUGUCCAACAGGAGAAAAAGGUGACGUUUCAGGAUGAGUGCAAACAUGAAGCUGACAAACCCAAGGAGGACGGCCAUGCAGCAGAGGGGAACAGCCCGGCGCCACCCUCUCAGUCCAGUGUACUGACGUGGAUCAGCGUGGCUCUGCCGCAACCUGCAGCCUCACCAAAGCUGAGCCGAGCCAACUCCACCACCAAGGAAAGGGAUGAUAGGUUGGAUCGCUCAGGGUUUGGAGAGAGUUGUUCCUCAGCCUGAUCUGAAGAGCAAAGAGCCAGCAGCAGCAGCAGCACCUGAGCAGCCGUCUCAGGUACGUC